AUAAUCUCGACUAAAUAUCCUAAUUGUUUGUUUUUCCAUAUACAAAUGUUAAUAUUAACACAUCUUUUAUUUCUGAGAAUUUGCCGUAAGAAAAAGUGAGGGAAAAUAAAUCAUAGAUGGGAAAGAGGUUUUAGCAAUUGUCUUUUCUUUUCUAGGUUUUACCCAUUUCCCAAUUUCCCUAAAGUUUUCAUUUUUGCCAUUUUCAAAUUUCAAGUUUCAAGAUUCCCUCAUCGUCUUCUUCCUUCGGUUCCGGCCUAAUCCUAUCACUUCGCUUCGCCGCCACAUGAUCAUGUCCGCCCUUAUAGAUAUGUGGUGAUAUCUUCUUAGUUGGCCUCUCUGUUAAGUUUUUCCAUCAUAUAUAAAGCACCAACUAAGUUAAGAUUAGCAAGAUGAGCACAUCACAUCGAUUGAAAGAAAAGUAUGACAAAAGCAAUGCUUCCUCGUUGCAUAAUGGAGAUGAAGGAAGUGCUGCUCGAACAAGGCCUUUAAGCUUUGAAGAGAUUAUGCUAAGGAGGAAGAAGAAGAGCUUAUGUGAAGAAGUCAUAGGAGUUGUUGAAGCUGAAACAAUCUCAAAGGAAGAUAUUGUUAAGGAUGCACCUCAUAGCUUUGAAUCUGAUGGGGAUUACAGAUUUCACAAAGGCUCUUCGCCCAAUGCUGAAGUGCAUGUUGCAGAGGAAACAAUGAAGAUAAGCUCCAGAAAGAAAGAGAAGUUAACUUCUGUUGAUAAUAAAUCUGAAGACAAUCAUUUGAAAGGGAAAGAUAGAAGAGAUUGUGAAUUGGAAAACAAAUUGAAUACAAAGCCCAAUAAUUAUACGAGCAAGGAAGCUAAAAGAAACAGAAAUGAUAAAGAAACACAUGAAAGGAGAGAACUUGACAAGCAAGGAGGCAGAAGUGACAAAGAAAUACAUGAAAGGAGAGAACACGACAAAGAAAUACAUGGAAGGAGAGAGCAUGACAAGCAAGGAGGAGGCAGAAAUGACAAAGAUAUACAUGAAAGGAGAGAACACGACAAGAAAGGAGGCAGAAAUGACAAAGAAGUACAUGAAAGGAGAGAACACGAAAAGCAAGGAGGCAGAAAUGACAAAGAAAUACGUGAAAGGAGAGAACAUGACAAGCAAGGACGCAGAAAUGACAAAGAAAUACAUGAAAGGAGAGAACGCGACAAGCAAGGAGGUAGAAAUGAUAAAGAAGUACAUGAAAGGAGAGAACAUGACAGACAAGGAGACCGAAAUGACAAAGAAAUACAUGAAAGGAGAGAACAUGACAAGCAAGGAGGCAGAAAUGCCAAAGUCAUACGAGAAAGGAGAGAACAUGAUAAGCAAGGGGGCAGAAAUGAUAAAGAAAUACGCGAAAGGAGAGAACAUGACAAAGAAGGUGGCAGAAAUGAUAAAGAAACACAUGAGAGGAUAGAAAAAGACAAGCAACGAAGUACAAAUGAUAAAGAAAUACAUGAAAGGAGGGAACAUGACAAGCAAGGAGGCAGAGAUGACAAACAAAUGCAUGGUAGGAGGGAACAUGACAGGCAUGGAGGAAGAAAUGACCAACAAAUGCAUGAUAGGAGAGAGAAGGACAAGUGUUUGACUGAUAGCACACAAAAUGAAGCUGGAAAGAAGCAUUCGAGGGACUCAACAGGGAAGGAGAGCCAUUCAGACCUAAAAAGAGGGAAAUCUGAAAGAGAAAGCAAGAGAAAAUAUCAAAAUGGAGAUAAUGAGAAACCUAAAGACAGAAAUGUUGCAAAGAAACUUGAUACAGGGAAGGAUUAUGACACAGACAUUUCAGGGAAAAGCAAGGGAAAAGAAUCAUCAAAAUCACAUCAUGAAGAUACAAAGAUGAGAAGGGGAAGGUCUAGAAGCAGAGAUCGUGAGGAUAGAAAUAAAAGGUCCAGAUCUGCCUCUCUUGGGGCUCACAAACGUGCUUCUCAUAAUAGGGUGGCUAAUAAAGAGGAUACUUCCCAUCUUUCUAAGGAUAGAUCUGAAAAACAACUUUAUGUUGACAAGAGUAGAUUAUCAAGUAAUGGCUUGACUAGUCACCAUCGACGGCAUGAUGAAUCAACCAGUGGGCUUGGUGGUUAUUCACCGAGGAAGAGGUUGAGUGAGACUGCUGAGAAGACUCCUCCACCUAUUCAUUCAUCUGAGAAGAAAAGUGCCAAGUGGGACCUCCCACCUGUAGGAGCUGAAAACAUGUUAUCUGGUUUAGCUCCUACUAAUUUUCAGUCAUCAAACAUUGCUGUGCCUGCAAGUGUGCAAGAGUUGGCUAGUGCUGCUGCUAUUGCUUCAAUUCCUAGAGAGUUGCCUUAUGGAUUUUUCGCUACUUCUUUAUCCAAUAAAAGAUUUGCUACCAUUGACUCCAUCCAAUUAACACAAGCUACACGUCCUAUGAGGAGACUUUAUGUAGAAAAUAUACCCUCUUCAACGACUGAGAAAGCUUUGGUGGACUGGCUUAACGAUCUUUUGCUAUCUUCAGCUGCUAAUCAUAUCCAAGGGACCCAACCGUGUCUUAGCUGUAUUAUUAACAAAGACAAGGGCCAAGCUCUUGUGGAAUUUCUUACACCUGAAGAUGCUUCAGCUGCUCUUGCUUUUGAUGGAAGGUCCAUUUCUGGUUCUAUUUUGAAAAUUAGACGACCUAAGGACUUUGUUGAAGUGGCAACUGGCGAUCAGGAGAAAUCAAUGGCUGCUGUCGAUACAAUUACAGAUGUUGUGAAGGAUUCGCCAAACAAGAUCUUCAUUGGUGGAAUUUCAAAGGUUCUUUCAUCAAAAAUGCUCAUGGAGAUCGUUAGCGUGUUUGGAUCUCUUAAGGCAUACUAUUUUGAGGCCAAUGACAAUCUAGACGAAUCUUGUGCAUUUCUAGAGUAUGUAGAUCGAUCAGUUACUCUAAAAGCCUGUGCUGGCCUGAAUGGUAUGAAAUUGGGAGGGAAAGUAUUGACUGUUGUUCAGGCACUUCAUGCUGGAGCAUCCAUGGAAAAUACUGAGAAUUCGUCGUUGUAUGAGAUUCCAGAAUUUGCAAAGCCACUUCUGAAAGAACCUACGCAAGUUAUAAAGCUUAAAAAUGUGUUCAAUGUAGAGGAUUUCUCCUUACUCUCAGAACCAUUGAUUGAAGAAGUGAUUGAAGAUGUUCGAUUGGAGUGUGCAAGGUUUGGCAGUGUCAAGUCUGUUAAUGUUAUCAGGCAAGGCAGUAGUCAGACCACCGGAACAGAAGCAUCCGAACUUUAUAGCAAUGAACAAGCAGGCGGAGUUGAACAAAAAUCAGUGUGUGAGGAUAAAGACACAGAAGCAGAAAAUUUGUUUGAGCAUGUGGAUGAUAAGCUGAGUCGAAUUGAUGAAGUAGAGUUUGAAAGUGAUGUUAAAGAACAUAAGGAAGAUGGAUUGAAAGAACAUAAGGAAGACAGAGUGAAAGAACACAAGGAAGAGGGAGUUACAGACGAUAACAACUAUGAGGACAAUGAUAUCGGUACUGAUGAUAAUAAACCAGAUAACAUUUUACAUGAAGAACUGCCUCAAACAGUUCAGCCUCAGAGUGAUGUGCCAGUGGAACAUCACGAUGACAAGAUUGCUUGCGCUGUCCCGAUGGAUGCUGAUGAUUCAGAAAACAAACCGAAUCCCAAAGAUGGCUCAAAUAUGGAAGAUGCUGAUAGCAGUAAACUAGGAAAUGCUGCUGAAUUGGAUGGUAGUAUGAAAACAGAAACAGAUGCUACAGAGAAGGAUGUUGUCAAGGAACGAGAUUUUGAUCUCGGAAGCAUAUUUGAGGUGGGUUGUGUAAUUGUGGAGUUUGGAAGAACAGAGGCUGCUUGCAUGGCAGCACAUUGUUUGCAUGGGCGGAUGUUUGAUGACCGUGUUGUGUCGGUGGAGUAUGUUACUCUUGAUCAUUACAAGGCAAGGUUUCAAAAGUGAGCAACUCCGGUGAUUGCUAGACUCAUUCACCUACUGAAAAUGAAGUUGGACAUUUCGGGGCCAGGAAAAACGCACUUUAAGUCACGUCGGUGACUCACAUUUGAUUUAGUUCUUUCAGUUGCUGACAUGUUGGAAGUUAAUCAUUUUGGAGCCAAUUUUAUGUGGAGAGCUGCUGUAAGAGAUGCAUGGAAAUCUGAUUCGUAUAUGGAUUGGACUCUACUCAGUAGUUAUGCUUUGGAGUUAAAAUUUCUUCUAUUGCAUAGCUUCGCUUUGAAAUAGUUUUGGGCUAAAAAGGACAAGAAAGAUUGAAUGUGUGUUGUUGGAGCCACUUUUGAAGCCACAUUCAAGCAAUAGGUAACACCCUCAUAUUGUAUUGUUGUUAGAUGUUUACUUGGGAUGAUGAGAAAGUGUUGUUUGUUUUUUUAAAUAAAUUUUUAAUUACAUCAAACACCAUUUAUCCAAUCAUUAAAGGGAUUAAUUCAUAAA